AUGCAGAAAAUUGAUUCGAAUUACAAUCCUGAGACAUUACAUCAGAUGUUCAUUGUUAAUGCUGGUACUGCUUUCAAGAUGGCUUGGAUGAGUGUAAAGAAAUUUCUUGAUCCAAAUAUUAUGGAAAAGAUAGAAGUGUUAGGAUCCAAAUUCCAGAGUAAAUUACUUGAAGUCAUUGACUCGAGUCAACUUCCAGACUUCUUGGGUGGCUCAUGCACUUGUUCUGUUGAAGGAGAAUGCCUUAGGUCUAAUAAAGGACUUUGGAAAGAUCCUGAAAUUAUGAAGUUUCAUCUACAUCCUGGUCAUGGUUUGAUUCCGCUUGUUUAUCUCAUGACAUGCAUUACUUUACAUUGUAAUGUCACCAUUCCUGUGUCUGAGGCACUAGAGUCGGAAUUACGAUUUAACAAUACCAACUUGAAUAAGACGAAUCUGCAAUUUCUUCCUGGCCAAUGUGAAGAAAAGGAGGAGGAAGCACCUGCACUUAAAGACACUUCCAUGGAUGAUAUUUUUGCUGAACUCGAUGAGUCUGAUGAUUCAGAAGAUCCAGACUAUCAACCUUCUCAGGUUGAUGAUCGUCUUAAAUCUUUGGAGGAGAAGGUUGAGGCAUUGCAGGUCUCCCAGGACAAUGUGGUUCAAACCCAAAAAUCAUUAAUGAAGUACAUGAAAAGUACUUCCAUCAUAUCACCAAGAGUUUGCACCAGCUUAACCCUUCUAUGCAUGCUCCUUCAUCAUCUGGAUCCAAUUGAGAUCAUUUCUUUUUAG